AUGGCCGUCGAGGUUAGGCAACGACGCCCUCGAAAGGUAUUCACGCUCAUGACAGCAUCCGGCGCUCAACGCGAUUACUUGGUCUACAGAAGCGCUAGCGUCAUCUUCCAUCAGUAUGGAUCUACCCCCGAUACGGAAAGCUAUAAAAAGGAUACCCUUGAACAUCAGGCCAGACACGACGGCCCCACGUUCAACAUGAAGUUCUUCACCGUCUCUGCUCGGCGACUCGUCGUUCUUUUGCCUCUCUCCGCGAUUGCUUACGCCCACGCAGCGGGACGUGAACGUCGGGAAGACAAGAAGAGGUGCCCUGCCUUCCCCGAAAUCGAGGGCUUGUUCAAGGGGAACCAGGAAUAUGUCAAGGAGAUGGAGGAGGAGCAUCCCGGCCUGCUCUCUCAGCUCGCCAACGAAGGUCAAAAGCCGCCUUUUGUCGUUUUCGACUGCUCGGAUAGCAGAGUCAGCGAACAGGACGCGUUUUCCGCCGACCCCGGCACCAUGUUUACGGCAGGAAAUAUCGCCAAUCAGUUCAGCGAAAGUGAUUCCAGCGCGAAUUCUGUUCUCUCGUACGCCGUUGGAGCGCUCAAGGUCAAGCAUGUAGUAAUAAUGGGACACUACGGAUGCGGUGGAGUCUCCUCUGCGAUGGUCCCAUUCAAUGCGACUGGUGCAAGCACUGCGGAUCUCACGGUGCAACACUGGAUCACGCCCAUCCGAGAGAUUUAUCUGACUUCGACACGCGUUGAGAUCGUCGAGCACCGUAACAAGAGCUUGACUGGCCCCAUCUCUUCCCCAAAGCUCCGUGAUCCUGCAUUCCGUGCCCUCGUCGAGGAGAACGUCAAGGCCAACGUGAAGAAGGUCGCCGACUCCCUUCUUAUUCGCGAACAAUACGCCUCAAUUUCCCCUGCCACCAACAACUGCACUUCCAACUCAACCGCCGGCGAAGUCUACAUCCACGGCUUGGUAUACGACAUUGAGAACGGGGUGGUUUCUGACCUCCGCGUGAGCGUCGGUCCCCCUGGACGCGUUGUCCCUCCUAGCCCCUUCCCCGGAGCCAAUACCAAGAAGAAGAACUAA